UCGCGGAGAGGGUAGCCAGUCCACCCAGUCAUUGCGCGGACAACGCAGUUCUUCUCCGACUACCGCGGACUUUACGGAACCUUCGCCGCGCCGACGGAACUUCGACGACUGCCCAGCAAGAUGGACGCGUCGUCGACAAUGAAAAGAUUGCUCGUUUCGGUCUCGUGCGCUUUCGUUCUUUUGGGCGUUGACGCAGCAACAGCAGCAUCAUCUAAUGAAACUGGCGUCCACGCCAAGCCCCUGUGCAAGGAGGUUGCCUUCGGCUGUCCAAUCGGUUACGAGUGCAGGACACCCAAGGAAGGUUGCCAGAGCCACUGUGAUUGCUAUGACCCGGUAGCCAAUGUGUCUCUGCCGCAGGGCUGCCCGAUUCGCGUCAAGCCGUGCGAGGAAGGACACUUCUGCAAGCCGGACAAGACCGGUGACUGCCACACGUGCAACUGUGACACGCCCUGCUCUCAGGCAACGGGCCGUUUCUCGUGCAAGCCCAAGGCGAACCAGGCGUGCACGCGAAGGAUGGCCCGCGGGAGCUGUCCCGUCUGCCAGUGCGAGGAGUGCCCGCCCAGGGUGUGCCCACGUGACUGCUACGUCAUUCAGCUGGACGCCGGCUGCAAGGAGGUGUGCAUCUGCACCGGCAAGGACGGCGUACCGUUCGCCCUCCUCAACAGUGCCACCUACUCGUAUUAAUGAAGAGCCAAUAAAAAAAAAAAAAAAGCAGUCGACUUGUGCCACUUUUCAA